GUAAUCAAGUAAGGAAUACUAGAAAAGGUGAGUUCAUGUACUGCGCAUUUAUAUAAUUUAGAGCCCACAAAGGUAGGAAUCUUAAUUUAGAGCUUCCCUCCUCGCACUCCAAAAUAAAAAUUAGAGCAACCCCUGCAUUGAGUUUUCCUCUAUUUAAAGGGGAGGAAAGGGUGCAAUGAAUUCAUAAAUCCUCCGAAAAUUCAAAUAAAAGAAAGAAAAAAAUGAAUGUUGAAAAGCUUGGGAGUGAUGCCAUGGAUGGCGUUUCUCAGUUGCAGAAGCAGUUGGUUGACUACACAGCUUCACUCUUUGAUGAGGCAUUUCUGGAUGAACAGUUCAACCAACUUCAGCAACUGCAAGAUGAGAACAACCCAGAUUUUGUAGUUGAAGUGGUGUCUCUUUUCUUUCAAGAUACUGAGAGGCUUGUUAAUGAACUCGCAAAAGCUCUAGAUCAGCAGCGUGUUGACUAUAAGUUUGUGGAUAAAAGUGUUCACCAAUUGAAGGGUAGCAGCUCCAGCAUUGGUGCUCAGAGAGUUCAGAGGGCCUGCAUUUCAUUCCGGAACUUCUGCGAUGAGCAGAACGUCGAAUGGUGCAUAAAAUGUCUGCAGCAGGUGAAGCAUGAGUAUUUACUUGUGAAAAAUAAACUGGAAAAUCUUUUUGAGCUGCAGAGACAGGUUGUGGCGGCUGGCGGUUCGCUUCCAAGGUAAUGCAAAAUGGUGAGAGAUCGAUCCAGUGAAGGGAAGUUUAUGAUAUCAGCAGAUUAAAUAACUGAGGGAAGCACAUUGUGGGGCUGUGGAUAUGCAGCGAAGCUUGCUAUUUUUACUUUCUUCUUUUUGUUCAUCUCCUAUUUGGUUGAGCCUCCAAAUUGCUUGGGGCUCAAAAGAAGUUGAGUUGAACUGAUUUAUAUGGCAAAAAAUGUGAAUUAAUGAAUCCUUUCUACCUCAA